AUGCGACUUAUCCCGAGGCGAGCCCUUGCUCACGAUCUUUCUUCGGGCUUCAUAUGCCGCAGCUUCCGGUCUCAAAGGUGCCAGUUUGCGACUUCGCUCUGUCCUCCUGCGCCGCCCGCCUCGGGACUCACCUCAUUGACCUCACGACGACUCAUAGCCAUUGCCGGACCCGAUGCGGCCAAGUUUCUGCAGGGGAUUGUGACGGCCAGCGUGACCACUAAGGAUGGAUCGCCGAGGAGUGAUGGGUUUUAUGCUGCUUUCUUGACUGCGACUGGCAGAGUACUCUACGAUGUCUUCGUUUAUCCCAACCAUAAUGCGUCGGGAGCUUCGGCUGAGGAGCCGGGGUAUCUGAUUGAGGUCGACACGGAGCACGCGCAGACGUUGGCAAAGCACAUCAAACGUUACAAGCUUAGAGCAAAGCUAACAGUGCGCUUAUUGGGAGAAGAUGAAGCGACCGUUUGGCAUGCUUGGGAUGACUCUAAUACUGUCGACUGGAACUCAAUCGUCAAGUCGACAAACGUAGCUCUCCAGGACCCACGAGCACCUGGCCUGGGAUAUCGGGUCUUGCAACUGGACCAAAAGGCUCCCCAGAUCGAUAUUGAGCAGAGUACCGAAGAUGCUUACACAAUACGGCGGUAUCUUAAUGGUGUACCUGAAGGCCAAGAUGAAAUCUCCCGCGAGCACGCUCUUCCACAGGAAACAAACAUGGAUAUCAUGAACGGGAUUGAUUACCACAAAGGCUGCUACGUUGGCCAAGAACUUACAAUCCGCACAAGACAUCGCGGCGUCGUCCGCAAGCGCAUUCUGCCCUGCGUCGUCUACGAAAAGGAGCACGCGCCGCCAACAGCACUACAGUACCACGCCGACGGCGCAGCUUCUUCUCUCGAGAGUGUAACGGCGGACAUGAUACCCCGGGACACAAGCAUCGGGCGCUUUGAGAAGCGCGGCCGCAGCGCGGGCAAGUGGCUCAAGGGAGUGGGCAACAUUGGACUCGGGCUGUGUCGCCUGGAGAUCAUGACUGAUAUAACGCUGCCGGGGGAUGCAGCGUCGGGGGCUUUCAACCCCGAGGAUGAGUUCGUGCUGGAUUGGGGUGAGGAGGAGACUCGGAAUAGAGUCAAAGUCAAGGCUUUUGUGCCGGAUUGGUUGAGAAAAGGCUUGAAUGCUGAGAACCGACGAUGA